UAGGUACAUCUUCUUAAAUAAAAAUUAAAAUAAAAACCAAAAUGAAAAUGAAAAUAUAAUAUACUUACCUACAUUAAAAUAGUAUUAAUGUAAUUUGUGAUUUCCAAUGGCCAAUUGAGCUAGGUAAGUAAUUGACAAUGUUUAGCACUCCUUCUGCAUGGGGAAAAUAAACAGUUGUACACAGUAAACUGUGUUAAAAGUGUUAGAUAUUAUCAAAAAUUAUUCACAUAAAUGUUUUUUUAAAAAAAAUAUUAAUAAGUAUAAUUUUUUUAUGGUAACAAAAUAUUUAGGUGUGGCUGCAUGAUAAAAAAUUUAAAUAUGCUAAUACUCUGUUUGAAGAAUGUAUAUAAUAUAUUAUAUUGUCUGAUGUAUAUCCGCUACAAGCAAACAAGUUAUUAAUAAUAUAUUUAUAAAUCUAAAAAUAUUAAUAACAAUAUUUUUUUUUUUUUUUUUUAUUGAUCUUAAGCUUCGGCAACUAUGGCCAUUAGCUGUAGUGGUCUGUUUGUGGGUUGUUAGUGACGGUAGGGGAAGGAACACGUGUGUGUUGUGUUUGGCAGAAUUUUUGAUUGGGCACCUGUAGGUAUCUGUCAUGCCCGGGUGGGGGAUGGUGGCACUUGUUCUCCAGACACCGUGACUUGCACGGAGAAAAAUGCCGCCUGGUGGUCGAGGAUCGAACUCGGACCGGCUGUGCCGAAUCCGUCGCGUUAGACCGCUCGGCCACCUCGUCCCCCUAACAAUAUUUAUUGGUACCUUUAUAACUUAUAAGCUACAAAUCAUUGGUGCAAAUAGGGGGGGGGACUUAAUCCCCCAAUUCAAAGGUCUGUUCUUAGUACUAAGCAUAAUAUAUAAUUUUUAGAAAAUAAUAUAGGAAGAUCGUCUAUGUUACGAAUAAUAAUAUAUUAUACUUAAAAUUGUAAGUAAAAAAAAACACUGGUUCCUAUUAUAUUAUAACGGUGAACCACGAUUGCGCCCAGCUUACCUUUUUCCAUUCAAAAAACGCAAUACGAUUGCGCUCGACCAAUUAGCACUAUCGCGCCAGUCUAUAACCUUUUUUACCUGCAUAAAACGCAACACGAUUGCGCUCUAAUAUGUAUAUAUGUGUUUGUCCCGUAUAUGUAUAUGUUAUAUAACAAUUUUCUAGUACACUAUUUAAAAAUACAGUCGGACUUGGUUUUCCUUGGACUUGAUUUCCCCAUAUGUACAACCAAGUAAUCGAGAUAAUGUUUUGUGGUUAAUUUAUCUUAUUAUCCAUGGACUGCAGAUAUCAGUAUGCGUCAAUGAUAGUGUCGUGGUCGGAUUUUACAUUUGAGCUGCAAUUGACUGUUGGCUGUUGACUGUUAACUAUUUUAAACCGUGUUUAACUCACUAGCUGUUCCGUAAAGUGUAUCGUCGUGAAAAUAAUAAUAGUGUAAAAAAUGGAUCUAUGUAUAUCAAAAAAGUUCGAGACUGAGAAAGGUAAACCAUGCAUAUUAGUAAAUGGUCAUAAAUAUAGGGAAUAUAAAAUAAUUAAAAGCGUAGGCAGUAUUCGGUAUCGGUGUACUAACAAAAAUUGCCAAUCGAGUAUAUAUGUUGACAAUAAUGUUACGAAAGUUCUUAGCAUGCUUAAUGAACACAAUCAUGAAAAUAUUUCGGAAAAUAUCGUUAGUAGACAAAUAAUAAAUUCACGAAUUAAAAGAAAAUGUGAAAACAACUUAUUCACAAGGCCGAACAAAAUAAUUCGACAAGAACUACGUAGCACUGAAAAUGAUUUACAAACCGUCCAUUCUGAUAUCAAAUUAUGGAGAAAAAGUAUGUAUGAUUUCCGUAAAAAAAAAUUACCAACAAUUCCAAAAUCACUGGAAGAAUCAAAAUUUCAAUUGUUUAACUUGCGCGAUACUCUUAAAACUAAUUUAGAUGAAUAUUUUUGCUACAUGGAAGAAAUUUCAAAUAUAGUUGUAUUGACUUGCCCAACUAAUCUGGAUAUAUUAAGUCGUUCAAAUAAUAUUUUUGCUGAUGGCACAUUUUUACAUUCGCCAAAAUACUAUGAUCAACUGUACACAAUUCAUACGCUACAAAACGGUUUUUAUAUUCCUUUAAUAUACUGUUUUUUGACGUCAAAAUCAACUGAAUAUUAUGUAGAUAUGUGGCGCACUAUUAUAAAAUUAUGUUUAAAGUUGACAGGCAUAAAUGUAUUAAUAUCAUUAGCUAAUUGUAAUUUUCAUUUCGAUUUUGAAAAAAGCGCACACAAUGCUAUUAAAGAAUGUUUUCCGAAUUGCAAAAUUAUGGCCUGUAGAUUCCACUUAGGUCAAAGUUGGUUCAGAAAAAUCCAAAGCAAUAGCGACUUAUUAAAAGAAUAUAAUUCAAAGUCAGAAAUAGGCCUUUGGUUAAAAUGUUUUUUCGCUCUUGGUUUUUUACCCGAAAAUUUAGUCGGUGAUGGCUUUUCUUGUUUAAUCGAAAAUGCUCCUACUGACAACUUUUAUUUUUCGGAUUAUAUAUUUGAUAAUUAUGUAUGCCCUGAAGCGGUUUUUCCACCAUUUGUAUGGGCUGGUAAACCUUCAGAAGAAGCUCGAACAACCAAUGGACCAGAAUCAUUCCACCGACAUUAUAAUUCGCAGUUUUACACAUCACAUCCUUCAAUUCAUGAAGUUAUUAAUAUAUUAUUAGACAUUCAAAGUGAAACAUACUUAAAAAUUAGUAGUAUUAAAACGAAUAAUAAAAACAAACCACGAAAAGAACAAAUUGAUAAAUUGACAUUUAUAACGGAAACAUGGACAAAAUUAGAAAAAAAUGAAAUAUCUCUGCUAGAAUAUUUGAAAGUAAUGGGACCAAAAUUUUGUGCCACAAAAUUGUAA